CUGCCUAGAUUCCACAUGUCCCCCACUGCCCCACUUGAAACUCUACCCUGGCAAGCAGGUCUGGGGAGGAACAAGGACAGUGAAGCUCCAACCUCAACCAUCUCUUUUGCAACCAUCUCUCUGGCCUCUGUGAUUUCAGCAGGCUCCCUUCACAUGGGGGAUGAGAUCCUAGAAAUCAAUGGGGAAAGUGUCACCAACCACUCUGUAGACCAGCUGCAGAAGAUGUUGAAAGAAACCAAGGGAACGGUCUCCUUAAAGGUCAUUCCCAACCAGCAGAGCCGCAUGUCUGCCCUCCAGAUGUUUGUACGAGCCCAAUUUGACUAUGACCCCAAGAAGGACAGUCUCAUCCCCUGCAAGGAAGCUGGGCUGAAGUUCCAAACAGGAGAUGUCAUUGAAAUCAUCAACAAAGAUGACAGCAACUGGUGGCAAGGCCGGGUGGAAAGCUCUGCAAGCGGAUCAGCAGGCCUCAUCCCCUCCCUGGAGCUGCAAGAAUGGCGUGUUGCAAGCAUGACCCAGAACAACCCCAGCCAAGCCCAGAGCUGCAGCCCUUUCGCGAAGAAGAAGAAAUGCAAAGACAAGUACUUGGCGAAGCACAGCUCCAUUUUUGAUCAGCUGGACGUGGUGUCUUAUGAGGAAGUGGUGAGGCUGCCGGCCUUCAAGCGGAAGACUCUGGUGCUUAUAGAGAGAGAGGAGGAAAUGCAUCCCGAGCCUGACUUCCUCCAACAUAUGUCAGACACCGGCCGAAGCCACAUUAAGAACACCUUGCUCAGCAAGAACCCCGAGAAGUUUGGAUAUCCUGUUCCUUACACCACCCGGCCCCAGAAGAAGAGUGAGGUGGAUGGGAAGGACUACCAUUUUGUCUCCACAGAGGAGAUGAUGAGAGGCAUCGCUGCCAACGAGUUCCUAGAGUUUGGGAGUUACCAGGGUAACAUGUUUGGCACUAAAUUCGAGACCGUGCACAAGAUUCACCAGCAGGACAAAAUUGCCAUCCUGGACAUUGAGCCACAGACGCUGAAGAUAAUCCACACAGCUGAGUUUUCCCCUUUCAUUGUGUUCAUUGCUCCCGCAGAGAAGGCUGACCAGUCAGAAGCUUUACAGCAGCUCCGGAAAGACUCUGCAGCAAUCCAGAGCAGAUAUGCCCACUACUCUGACUUGUUGCUGGUGAACAAUGGUGUGGAUGAGACCCUCGAGCAACUCCAGGAGGCUUUUGAGCAUGCGUGCAGCAGCAGCUCUGCCCAGUGGGUCCCGAUUUCCUGGGUGUACUGAGCUGGCCUGGUGAGGGUGGUAGUAGCCCCCAGCCCAUCUCCCCAAAACAGCAUGUCAAGGGCAAGACCAUUUCCCUGCCCUAUGCUUUGUUCUGUGCACAAUCCCUUUCUCCCUUCCCCAGGACAGACACUGCUCUGUUGCUGCCGGGGUGAGAGACCCAUUCUUCCCACUGCAAAGUCUGAGGGCAUCUGUUUGUGGCUUGCAUUUAUUGCCAGGUAGCCCACAUCCCUCCAGAUUUGGGGGCAGUGAGAAGGCAAGCAAGGAGGAUGGCCACUCCUAAUCCCCCAAACCAUAAAGAUAUCUCCAGAAGUGAGCACCUUCUGGUGUGCAAAGCCAUAAGCUGUGAAUAUUAUGAAGAAUAGGACUGUUCUGAAAUGGAACUGUUUAUCAUGUUCAGGUUUAUUUGAUUUACAGACAAAGGGAAAGUUUGGGGAAGCUUUUCCCAUUGCUUGUAAAGCAGUCUCUUUGCUCUUCCAGACACAGUACAAAGUGUGUUUUUUGUAUCUCUGUUCUAAGUUAAGCCAACAAAGUAUCACCCUCUAUUGCAAGGCUGCACAACUGUGGCCCUCCUGCUGUUUUUGGACUACAACUCCCCUCAUCCCUCAGGCCCAGGCCAGUGUUCUAUGUAACGGCAUCCCAGACAUUGACUGCAACUCCCAGCAUCCCCAGCCAAAGGCCAUUGCAGCUGGGGUUGAAGUCCAACAUGGGCAGGAGGACUAAAGUUGUGCAGCCCUGCUCUACUUCAAGUUACCUAAAUAGCAGAGUUUGUGCUAGGAGGUGCCUGGUUCCUUUGAUAGUGGCAAGAAUUUCAAGUUUUGGCUCCAAGAUAGAAGAGGCGACAACUGUGAAGGUCAUGCUCUUAGGAGCCAGAACAGAAGCAAUCAAGUUUGACCCCAGGGCAGACAAUGCAGGGAUGAAGUGACCCAUAAUUGGGAUCUCAGAGCUUGAGCCUUCAGUCUGUGCAUGCUGUAUCCUGUAGAGAGAGGUUCCUGGCAUAUUCUUACAAGCUAGAGUGGCUUUUUGUUAGAUGCAAGGAGACUGCCGCAUCUUUGCCUUUACCAAAAAUCCACACAUGGGGUGGUAUCCUUUCCUCCAUCUGCAAACUGUCCACUUCUCCCACAAGGUAGCUCUGUGUAACUGUCAGAGGGUGGAGGGAGAGUGUUAUUUUUGUGGAUGCCAAAAAGCAGCAGUGCAAAAGGGACCCACCAUCGAGUCCAUUACAGGGAAAACAAGCAGCAAUAAAGUCUGUUGAAAUAGUG